AUGAAUUUCGAUAUAAGCAAUACGGAUCACGUAAAGCCAGUUAAAUUAUUGGAUCGAAUUUCAUUCGUUUGCCCAGAUCCUAAUCUUCAAGCCGACAAAUAUGAAUAUACAAAAUUAUACGCGGUAAGCAAAGAAGGAUAUGAUAAUUGCGAGUUACAAAAUGAAAAGCUGAUUGGAGUUUGCAAGAGCUCGAACAAACAAUCUAUAAUAAGCAUUGUUUUUCGCGACUUUUCACCACUACCCGGUGCUGUAGAAUUUCAACCUGGUCAAAGCUAUUACAUUAUAACAACCUCCGAUGGUACUGAAGAAGGAAUUGAUAAUCGAUCUGGUGGUCUCUGUUAUACUAGACAUAUGAAAAUUAAGUUCGAAAUCCAUUCAGGCAAUCUGUUUUUCUUUAAAUCAUUUUAA